CAAACCAAACCCUCGCUGUCAUCCCGACCUUUUAAUUUGCUCUCUCCUCUCAUCUCCUCUCCAUCUUUCUCUCUAAUUCCGAAAUAUUUGCAACCAGAGAAAAGACCGAUUCCAUUACACUACUCUGUUUUCUAUCAUUUAUCAAUACUGAGGAUUUAAAACUAUCUCUUCCUUUCAAGCGGAUAUGCCGCCGGCUGCCGGACCUGCGAUGCCAUGUGAUAGACUCACCGCCGGGCCAAUUGUUGUCCCGGCCACCGUUCAGCCACCGUCGGCCGUCGUCACCACUGAAUCCUACGCCAAAGAUGCCAUCAUUGCUUGGUUCAGAGGCGAGUUUGCAGCUGCCAACGCUAUUAUAGAUGCUCUGUGUAGCCACAUCGCUCAGUACGGCGGUGCUGAAUCGGGAUCGGAGUAUGAACCGGUGUUCUCUGCAAUCCAUAGGCGUCGGUUGAAUUGGAUUCCGAUCCUUCAGAUGCAGAAAUACUAUUCGAUUGCCGAUGUGACUCUUCAGCUUCGACGAGUCGCGGAAAUGGCUGCCAAGAAUGGAGAUGGAAUUGCGGAUUUGAAGAUUUGCCAGCAGGAAGUGAAGGUGUUUACGGAUGAUAAUACAGAGAAGAUACGUGAGAUUUCUGAAGGCGAGACCAUUGAGAGCUUCGAAAAUGGAUGCGAUGUCGUCGUCGUCGAUGAAGAAGAUUCAGUUCCAGAGGUUCAAAUCACUGAUUCAGGCUCACAAGAAAUACAACCCACUGACGGUAGCAUCAUUAAUGUUUGUUUUAACCAUGAGGAGUGUGAGGAACGUCGCUCCAAUAUCAAAUUGACAAAGGGAUUCAUAGCCAAAGAACCUGUCAAAGGGCGCACUGUAAACAUUGUGAGAGGACUGAAGCUGUAUGAUGAUAUAUUCAAUGAAAAGGAACUUUCUAAGAUAAAUGAGUUUGUAGAAGAUCUUGUAAUUGCUGGCCGGAAUGGAGAGCUCCCAGGGGAGACAUAUGUGUUGUAUAACCAGCAGACCAAGGGAAAGAAAAGAGAGUUAAUCCAAUUUGGGCCUCCUAUUUUUGGCCACAUUAAAGGAGGAGAUGUAGCUGAGAAGGACGAAACAAGUCAUAUAGAGCCGAUACCUGUCCUUCUUCAAAGUGUUAUUGAUCAUCUAGCUCAAUGGCAUCUCAUCUCAGAAAACAGGAAGCCCGAUAGUUGUAUCAUUAACUAUUUUGAUGAGGGAGAAUUUUCGCCUCCAUUUCUAAAACCUCCACACUUGGAGCAACCAAUAUCUAUACUAAACCUGUCUGUUUCUACAAUGGCAUUUGGUCGGACACUUGUUAGCGACAACGAUGGCAACUACAAGGGGCCGCUCAUGCUUCCUCUGAAGGAGGGAUCUCUUUUGGUGAUGAGGGGAAACAGUUCUGAAGUGGCUAGGCAUGUAAUGUGUCCAUCCCCGGACAAGAGGGUGACGCUAACGUUCUUCAGAGUCCGACCAGACUCUUCCCAAAACAAUCUUGUAUGUUCUCCUCAAACCAUGACUAGUAGUGUGUGGCCGAGCCCCGGAUAUGGAGUUCCUAAUGGGUACGAGGAAACAGAUAUGAUACCCAAAUGGGGUGUUCUUCGUGCACCUGUUGUAAUGUUGGCCCCGGUUGGACCAAUGGUAAUUAAUCCAAAAAAGAUGUUGCCGAGAGGUGGUACUGGAGUGUUCCUUCCAUGGAGUAUGCGACCACGUAAGCCAGCAAAACACCUCCCCCCACGUGCCCAGAAAAACCGACUUCUGUCUCUACCACCAACGCCUCCGCCGCCACCUGCUGCUGCUGCUGCUGCUGCUUCUGUUGCUGUUGCCGAGGAUGAAAAGAUGUCUUCUGGGAUUGAAGAGGAAGGGGUAAGUGUAAGUUAUUAAUAGUAAGCAAGGUGGAACAAAGGGGAAAAAAAGAGUUAGCCGAGUAGUAAUCAUCUCAACGCAUCUUCUACUUUAAAAAAAAAAAGUAUCAAAAAAAAUAUGAAGUUUCCUUUUCUUUUUUUUUAUUCAAAUCCCUUCCUUUCCUUUGGCCAGAAAUUUAGGUUGUAGUAGUUAGUAGUGUUGGUUGAGUAUGUCUUAUUUAUAUUUUGAACGACAAUCGUGAGCAAAGGCGGCUGUAGAGGUGAGAUAGAUGUCAGACGUUGACUACGACGAGACAACCUAUGAUGUGAUGAUGAUGAUGAUGAGGUUUAAGGUUAAAUUGAGUGUUUGUGUGUGGUCUGACUGAUGAAUCUGGUCUGAUCUGAUCUUAAGAGAGGGCUGAGUUUUGUAUUUAAACUUAUUCCCAUGUAGUGUAUGUCUUUACUCUUUGUUCCUGAAUUAAUGGAAAAGAAAACUCUCUUAAAGAAG